GUGAGAGAGAGCUCAGAUGAUGAAGAGAAAAUGAGAGGGUGUGUAUUUUGUAUAUUCAGGGCUUUUUGAAGCCUGUGCUCUGUACUGUAGCUUGAGACUCUGUUUGGACACUACUGAGGUUCCCUACUGAGACACACAGCCAAACAAACACUAACAGGAUGGGAUUCAGGGUGAGCUUGUUCCUCCUCGCUCUAGCCGUGGUUGUCGUGUCGGCCCAAAAGAAACGCCCUGCUAAUAAGGAAUGGAACUACCGUGAUGGAUCUGAGAAAGUGAGCAUGCGAGGUGUUGCCAAUUUGACUCAGGUUUUGGAUGACUGGAGGUUUGAUAUCAUAACCCAGGUGAAGAACCUUCUGCAGAACGACCACCAGGCUUUGCUGCCUGAUUAUUCCAGGAUCCAACCUCUGUCUGAGGCUUUGGAUGACUUGUACAAGGAGUUCAACGCCUUGAAGACCCACCUCGGCGAGCUGACGGACAAGUUCACGGCCAUCGAGACCUUCAUCGACGAAGUGAAGACAGAGAAAGCCAACGCCGCUCCCGUCGUACCCGUCGCCGCUCCUGUCACUCCGGUGCGAAGGAGACUGGUCAAGACUCGCACUCCAGCUUCUUGAAGACGUUGAGCUUCAAUAACUUUCCGUUAGAGCUGGUACUCUCUGCGAAACCAUGCACAAAAUUAUAUCUAUAAAAAAAAACCCCACCACCAUUGUGACUUACAUAACAAUUUCAUUUCUUCUUUUUCUUCUUCUUCCUUUUCUCCCCCUUCUUCUUUUUAGCAUCUUGUUACUGCAUGUUGCUGGGAAACAGGUAAUACACAAAAUGCUGAACAAGCCUGAUUUCAGGUUGCAUGACAAAACAACAAAAUAAAAAACAAAAAAAAACAAAAAAAAAAAACCAACAACAACAACAACAGAAAUAUAUAUAUCUACACAUCUAAGUCGUGUAAGUUGACUGGUUUAUAUAUUGAUUAUAUUAUUUAUAUAUAUAUACGCACAUAUACAAUAUCUAUCAUUAUGUCACGACUCAUUGUAAUCGCAUUAUUUCUAACGCAUGAGCUGAAGUAUUAGGACAUGAUUGUGCCUUUAUCUCUCUCUCUCUCUCUCUCUCUCUCUCUCUCUCUCUCUGAGCAUUUCGUUCAGCUCAUGAUCUGAUCUAAGCUACCAAUAAAAUCUAAUGAUUGCAAUCCAA